CCCAGCGCUCCCCUGGGACCAUUCCCGGCUCCUUUGCUACUGUGGGACCACCCUGGGACCCCCCCCCCAGAAUGGGGGAGACCCCCGAAGGGACCAGGACCCCCAGCCCCCCCGGCGAGGUGUCCCCAGACCCCCCCCCGGCGCCGCCAUCGCUGUCCGAGUCCCUGCUGGGCUCCGACGAAGGGGAGCAGGAGGACCCCCGCGAUUACUGCAAAGGCGGGUAUUACCCGGUUCGGAUCGGGGACCUUUUCCACGGGCGCUACCACGUGGUUCGCAAGCUGGGCUGGGGCCAUUUCUCCACCGUGUGGCUCUGCUGGGACCUGCGGAGGAAACGUUUCGUGGCGCUGAAGGUGGUGAAAAGUGCCCCCCAAUACACGGAGACGGCCCUGGAUGAGAUCAAACUGCUGAAAUGUGUGCGGGAUUCGGACCCCAGCGACCCCAAGCGGGAGAACAUCGUGCAGCUCAUCGACGACUUCAAGAUUUCGGGCGUCAACGGUGUCCAUGUUUGCAUGGUGCUGGAGGUGCUGGGGCACCAACUGCUGCGCUGGAUCAUCAAAUCCAACUACCAGGGGCUGCCCCUGCCCUGCGUCAAGAGCAUCGUGCGGCAGGUGCUGGAGGGGCUGGAUUACCUGCACACCAAGUGCAAGAUCAUCCACACGGACAUCAAGCCCGAGAACGUGCUGCUGUGCGUGCCCCAGCCCUACCUGCGGCACCUGGCGGCGCAGGCGGCGCGGUGGGCGCGGGGCGACGGCCCCCCCCGCGGGGCAGUGAGCUCGGCACCCCAGGAGGAACCUCUGACACACCGGUCUGCCCUCGUGCCCCCAAAACCGGGGGGGACAGCGACACCCGUCAGUGCGCGGCGGGGACAGGGUCUACCAGCCGGGGGCGGGGGAGACAGCGACACCGGCAGCUGCUGGGGGGGACAGCGGGACACCAGCAGGCGGGGCGACAGCGACACCGAAACCCCCCCGGACCCCCCGGAGGAGUUUGGGGGGAGCCCCCCGAGCGGGGCCUCGUCCUCGGGGGUGCACACGCUGCCCGCGGGGGGGGGCGGCUCCAGCGAUGGAUUCUCGGGGGGCUCCCCGGGACCCCCCCGGCGCCCCCCCAGCCCCAGCUCGGCCUCGGACUCGCUCUUCACCCCCACCUCGGGCUCCCUCAUCUCGGGGGGCUCCGAGGGGCUCCCCAAAACCCUGGGUGAGGGGGGGCUGCCGGGGGGGCAGGAGAACCCCCUGGACCCCCGAGCUGCCCCCAGACUGCGCAUCAAAAUCGCCGACCUGGGCAACGGCUGCUGGGUGCACAAACACUUCACCGAGGACAUCCAGACCCGGCAGUACCGGGCCCUGGAGGUGCUGCUGGGCGCGGGCUACGGCCCCCCCGCCGACAUCUGGAGCACGGCCUGCAUGGCGUUCGAGCUGGCCACGGGCGAUUACCUGUUCGAGCCGCACUCGGGGGAGGAGUACAGCCGGGACGAGGACCACAUAGCGCACGUGAUCGAGCUGCUGGGGGAGAUCCCGCGGCACGUGGCCCUCGGGGGGCGCUACUCACGAGAGUUCUUCAACAGGAGAGGUGAGCUGCGGCACAUCCGGCACCUGCGGCCGUGGGGGCUGCGGGCGGUGCUGCAGGAGAAGUACGAGUGGCCGCGGGGGCCGGCGGCCGCCUUCGCGCGCUUCCUGCGGCCCAUGCUGGCCUUCGAGCCCGCCCGACGCGCCACGGCCCGGCAGUGCCUGCAGCACCCCUGGCUCCGCCCCUAGCCCCGCCCCCGCCUCGAUAAACCACAGGGGUGUUUUUUGGGGGGUCCCAUGCUGGCCUUCGAGCCCGCCCGACGGGCCACGAGCACCCCUGGCUCCGCCCAUAGCCCCGCCCACGGCCACGCCCACCAUCUCAAUAAACCACGGGCAGGUA